AUGCUGCAGCAGUAUUCUUCAAAAAAAUCGAAAGUAACUCCCAACCCCAAACACAAUUGGAAUUUCAAGGAUCUUUUAACAAUACCAACAAUAAAUUCAGCAAAGUCAAAGAAAGCUGUCAUUACACCCAAUGCCACGGAAUUUGACACAACAGGAGUUCAGGCUAAUGUAUCAAAGUCUUUAUCAGGAACAUCUGAAAACACCCAAUCACAGAAUGUGAGCAAGUGCUAUUGUUGUGGAACUGUAUUGACUUUCCCAAAUAAAGCCAAAAAAUUUAGAUGUUCUGUAUGCCAUACCACCAUGUUGUUGGGGACUCUGCAAAAUACAAACGGUCCGGACAUUCCCCUAGUGUCAUACAAGCAUGUAAAGACUUUGGCCGAUGAAUGUUUUAAUAAUGUCAAUGACUCCAAAGGUAAAUCAAAAUCGUUGCAUGAAAUUUUUGAACCUUUGUCAAACUACCUUUAUCAAGCAUUCAAAACUUUUAAAAUAUUGAACAAUUCGUUCAAGUUACGGCCACAUAGUAAACGGCCACACCAUUCAACUUCAAAUAUUUAUUAUACUGGUGUUCGAGAUGUGAUUAACCUACUCACAAAACUUCCAACUAAAAAGCCAUUGCAUUCUGCUUUAAAAGGGGCAAGCGAACAAUUGAAGAGAAUCGACGUAUAUCUUGAAGAUUCUGGCCCUCUUGCAUAUAGCUGGGUAUUAAUUUUGUUUGAAAUUCCGAUUUUGUCAAGGUCGUUGGUUUCGGAUAAUCCGAAAUUGAAAUUAAUGAGUGAUGUACCAGAAAUAAAGAUGUUGAGCUAUGAUAUAUUAAAGAGAUGUUUGGGUAUUUUGUCGUGUAUUGAUAGUGCAAAGACGCUUGGGUACUUUUCGAGCUGGCUUUCUAAAUUGGAUAGUGCCGAUUUUAUUCGAAGAAUCGACUUGAUCAAUCUUUACAUUACAUUUCAAUUGAAAAAAUACUUUUACUUGGCCAAUAACCCGCAAAUAAAAUUAAAUCUUAGUCCUUCUGAAGAUGGUUAUGUUGACAAUAGUGAAGCGGAAUAUUUUCAAAGCUUGUAUUUGAAGAGCCACAUAGAGUCAAACUCAGAUAUAUCGUCACCCUGUCUGUUGAAUUUACCUAUGAGUCAAUUCUCCAGCAACCCCUUCCCAUUAAAAACGAACGGGAAAAAACAAACAAAAGAAACUAAAGUAAAAGUGCAUCAGUAUGGUAAUGAUUGGCAUAUCAGGUCCGCAUUGACUGUGCUUUCAAUUGCAUACAAGGCCAAUAAGCUUAGAAAUGAUCCUGUUCCAGUAUCAGUUUUUUAUAACUCGUUAGUUGAUUACGUGAAUAUUCGGUUGGACUUUGAUUCCUGGCAAAGUAAUAGAAGAGCUAAAUUGAAAGGCAACAAGUCGAUGCAGCCUGAACUUUGGGCAAUCAUAGAUUAUAUUCAUGGCACCAGUGUGAAUAAAAACUUGUAUGAUGAUGCUUUGUUUUAUAUUUGCCAGUACCCUUUUUUGAUAUCCUUGGGAGCAAAGAUUUCCGUAUUGGAGUACGAAGCCAGGAGACAGAUGGAAAGGAAAGCCGAGGAAGCAUUUAUCAAUUCGCUUGAUAAACGAGUUAUCAUUGAUGUGUAUUUCAGGAUACGAGUCAGAAGAGACCAUAUUGUGCAAGACUCGUUGCAGUACAUUAAAACAAACUCAGACAACUUGAAGAAAAGUCUACGUGUUCAAUUCGUCAAUGAACCUGGUGUGGAUGCUGGCGGUUUGAAAAAGGAGUGGUUCUUGCUAUUGACAAAAGAGAUCUUUCAUCCCCAAUCAGGAAUGUUUCAUAAUGUCGACGACUCAAAUUUUCUAUGGUUCAACAUAAUACCUGUUGAGAAUCCAGAUAUGUAUUAUCUUUUUGGUGCCAUUUUGGGAUUGGCCAUAUACAACUCGACCAUACUAGAUUUGCAGUUUCCAAUCGCUUUAUACAAAAUCUUGCUCAAAAGGGGAUUGGAUAGAGAGGACUACAGGAAAUUGUAUCCUGUGUCUUUUAAGAAUUUAAUAAACUUGAAAACCAUGACCAACAAGGAGAUAUUAGAUUUGGAUUUGACAUUUGAAGUCAGCUACAGCGAUAUGUUUGGCAAACAUCACACAACGGAAUUGAUUGCCAACGGAGCAAACACGCAAGUCACAAAAUUAAACUUGGAAGAGUAUAUUGACAAGUAUACUGGUUUUUUCAUGAAAGAUGGGAUUGAAAAGCAGGUUGAUGCCUUUAUUACUGGCUUCAAUAAUGUCAUUGGUGGCAAUGCCUUGUCGUUGUUUCUGCCAGAAGAGAUUCAGUUAUUAUUGUGUGGUAGCGAUGACCAUAGAAUAGAUGUCGAUGUUUUAAAAUCUGUGACAAAGUAUAUUGGGUGGAGAUCAAGUGAAGAUGCAGUCGAUUCGAAGAUUAUAACUUGGUUCUGGGACAAUAUGAACAAAAUGAGCAACAAGGAAAGAAAGAAACUAUUGAUUUUUAUAACUGGUUCGGACAGAGUUCCUGCCACAGGCAUACAAAAUUUACCAUUCAAAAUUAGUUUGCUUAAUAAUGGACAUGACAGUCAUAGAUUGCCCAUUGCUCAUACAUGCUUCAAUGAGUUGGCCUUGUACAACUACAGCACAAAAGAAAAAUUCGUUGAAAAGUUGAAUAAAGCCGUAAAUGAAAGCGCAGGCUUUGGGAUUAAAUAA